CGGAUUUAACUUGGCAAUAAUCUUUUCAUUUCGAGAAAUUACCGUCGGGCAAGGGAGAAAGAAUCCAGGCAAGUUGCUGUUGCUGGUUCGGGAUUCGAUUCGGAAUCGACCGCCUUGUUUUCGUGAAAUUUUUUGGUCUUCUGAAUCUUGAUGAGGGUUUGGCGAUUCGGUUUCGCCCCCAUUUUCCUUUUUUGGGCGGUUUGUUCGGGCCAUUUCAUACGGCGAGCGGUCUCCCAAAACAUUCAGCUAUUGCUUUUCCAGUCUUUCUCCUGAUAGAGCGGGGUUCUGGACGCGCAGCAGUGAGCAUGGUCAGUGUGGACAGUGGAGAUGAGGGUGCAGCACUUGCGGAGCCCCCCGAUCCUGAUGUCGUCGAGACUGAUCCAACUUUUCGAUACAUUCGGUAUAGAGAUGUGCUUGGAAAAGGUGCUUUCAAGACAGUUUACAAGGCAUUCGAUGAAGUAGAUGGAAUUGAAGUGGCAUGGAACCAAGUUCGAAUUGAUGACGUGCUACAAUCUCCUGAUGACUUGGAACGGCUGUACUCUGAAGUGCAUCUCCUGAAAUCAUUGAGGCAUAACAAUAUUAUUAAGUUUUACAAUUCAUGGAUUGAUGAAAAAAAUAAGACAGUCAAUAUUAUCACUGAGUUGUUCACAUCGGGUAGCCUCAGACAGUAUCGUAAGAAACACAAGAAAGUUGACAUGAAGGCUGUGAAGGGAUGGGCUAGGCAGAUAUUAAUGGGUUUGAGCUACCUUCAUAGUCAGAAUCCACCAGUUAUCCAUCGGGACCUCAAGUGUGACAACUUAUUCAUUAAUGGACACCUAGGAGAAGUUAAAAUUGGGGACCUUGGACUGGCAACUGUCAUGCAGCAAACCUUUGCCAAAAGUGUAAUUGGAACUCCUGAAUUUAUGGCACCCGAGAUGUAUGAUGAGAAAUAUAACGAGUUAGCAGAUAUAUACUCUUUUGGGAUGUGCAUGCUUGAGAUGGUGACUUUUGAAUAUCCCUACAGUGAAUGCAGGAAUUCUGCUCAGAUAUAUAAGAAGGUUUCAUGUGGUAUCAAGCCUGCUGGCCUUUCUAAGGUGAAAGAUCCUGAAGUAAAAUUAUUUAUUGAGAAUUGUCUACUUCCAGCAUCUCAAAGAUUGUCCGCAAAUGAGCUUUUGACAGAGCCCUUCCUUCAUACGAAUGGAUCUGUGAAAAAUCGCCCUCUGCUGCUUCCUGAUAUAGUCAUGCCUAAAAUAGGAGCAUUUGGGGACCGUUGUCUGGUUUCAGAAGGACCUGUGACUGCACCAAGCAAACCCUUUCCAAUGGAUGUUGAUGAUGGUGAGCUACCCAUAAUCACUUCUUUUGAUCACUCCAGGAGCAAUGGGUCAUGUUCAUUGUCGGUGGAGGUCCAAAGGACAAGAAGAGGCAGUUCGUUCUUGUUAAAGGGAGAAGUGAAUGAUGAAGAAUCUGUCUCUUUAAUACUCCGCAUAGCUGAUCAGAAUGGUCGUGCCAGGAAUAUCCAUUUCUUGUUCUUCCUCGACACUGAUACAGCUUGUUCAGUUUCAAGUGAAAUGGUUGAGCAACUGGAGUUGGAAGAUCAGAAUGUCAUAUUUAUAGCGGAGUUGAUUGACUUGCUUUUGAUAAACUUGGUAAAGAACUGGGAACCUGGCGUACCCAUUAGUCAUUUGGUAAGAGUUUCUCAUCAGAAUGACCCCCACUUGCCAGAAUGUGGACAAAGUUCCGUUGGAUCUCUGGUAGAUGCUUGUGAGGCAAUCAAUUCUCCAAGAUGUGAACCAUUUGCAGUGGCAUUACGUGCUACUGGCUUCGAGAACCCGACUGUUUUAGAAGAUCAGGGUUCUGAAAUGUCUUAUGUCUCUGCUACCUCUAAUGAGUGGAAUGAUAGGUGCUCAGUAUGUUCAAAUGCUCAUUUGCACACCUGUAGCGGUGGCAAUGGUAAGGUCUUGAAUGGGGGGAGGAAUAGUGUGGUGACCGGUUCUUCUCCGACCAACGUUUCUUUUCUAUUUGGUGAAGAUGAUGACGAAGAGAUGAGAAUAGAGCUCCGGAAGAUCGAGCGGAACUUCGAGGAGGCAAUUAGAGAGAUCAUGAAAAGAAGGGACGAAGCUAUCAUUGAGUCAAGGAGAAGACAGUUGCAGAAGAAAGAGGAGUAUCACUAACCUCGGGCCAUCUUUUGUCCUCCGAUAGAGUUCGCGUUUUGCAGCUUGUUUACUUUCUUCUCUCUGGUUGCUUUAUCCUUUUCAUUUCCAUCUCAUCUGUACAAAGUAUAUUUACUAAGAGAUCUUAGGCAAGUAAGUAUGUUUCCUCCU